CAGAAUGCAGUUAGGAUUGAUUUACGCAUUCGUCGCGCUUUUGGCGAUAUUUCGAGUGGAACCCAGCGAGGGAUUUAUUGAUAUAAACAAUGAAUUGAACAAUAUUAUAAGCCCCCCGAUCCUUCCUGCGGUUGAGAGCAUAUUGGACAUCUAUGGCGACGCAGAUUUAACAGAAGAUGAGCAAAAGGUGCGCUUGCGAAGGGAAUCCAUUGUAAAAAACAACGGUCUGGUGUUCAAGCUUCACCCAAUAGUCCUGGGAAGUAAUUCAAGCAAUAAGCCCUCAGUUCCCAACAUUCUAAUUUUUGCCAACACACACAGACCGGCCCCAAAGGUUAUGAAUGACGUGAAAUAUUUUGUUGUAGAUCGUGAUACAGAACAAGUAUACAAUCCGGGUAUUACACUUGAACAGCUAUUUAGAAAUUUUUCCCGAUCUGAAAUAGGAAAAACAAUUAAUCCGGAAACACCUCCAUCAGAAAUGCAGGAGUUGAACAUCAAACUUAUCCAAAAUGCUCUAGAUCAAAGGCAAACUGAAUCAAAGUUUGAAUCUGAAGCACAGGCCCAAUCGUUUAGCCGAGCGCUUGAAGAAGCGAAGCUUCAAAUCCAAAGGCAAUCUCAAUCACAAUCGCAGGCUCAAGGUCUAAGGCUGGAUCAAUCACAGCAACAAAUCCAAACCGCCAGAACUAAAGUCCAAGAACAAUUCCAAUCGCAAGAACGAGGACGGGCUCAAUCGCAGCAACAGGACCAGAUUCAACAAUCACGGAAUCAAGCUGGAGCUAAAUUACGAGAAAAAAUUGUUCCGUAUAUUCAAACUUUACCACAAACAGACGCCAAUGAGCCAGAAAGUGCAGAAGCUGAAGCUGAAGGAGGACUGUCUGGAAACAUAGCUCUAGUACCACCAAUUGAAGAGGAAGGUCGAAAGCAAGACCAGGCUCAAUCACAGAUUCUAGAUGAAGCUGAAGGUAUUAGACAAAGUCUGGCGCAAACGGAAGGCCAAUCCCAAUCGCAGGAUCAAGUUCAAUCACAAGCUGAGGCUAUUAAUCGAGAUAUAGCAGAGUAUCAAGACCAAGCUGAAUCUCAGGCUCAAGAACAGUCCCAAGCUCAAGCUCAAUCGCAAGAUCAAUCGCAGACUCUAAAAGAUGAGGGCCUGCCUCAAUCAUCAUCACAACAAUCUCUGGUUCAAGCAGAGGAUGAAGCACAAGAAGAUCCCAUAGACCAAUCACUUCAUCAAGCGCAAUCUGAAGUACUAAAACAAGUUAAUUCACAGACUAACGGUCAAUUAAAGGCUCAAGCUCAAACGCAAGCUGAAGUUCUCGAUCAGGCUCUGGAGGAUGCACAUGUUCAAUAUCAGUCUCAGGCUCAAUCACAAGGAAUAUCACUGUCUCAACCCACGCAACAAUCGCUUGUUGAACCAGACGAUCAAGCAAAGGAAGACCCCGUAGAUCAAUCACUUCAUCAAGCCCAAAGUGAAAUACUAAAGCAACUUCUGUCACAGAAAAACGAUCAAUUCAAGGCUCAAGCGCAAACACAAGCUCAAACUCUCGAUCAGGCUCUCGAAAAAGCUCAUGUUGAAUAUCAAUCUCAGACUCAAGCACAAGGAAAUCCACUCUCUCAACCAGAGGAUCGAGAUCAAGAUACCGCUUUAGACCAAUCACCGACACGAGCUCAAUCCCAAUCACAAGAACAAACGAACAGUAAACUUCAGCGGCAAUCUCAAGCCCAAUCAGAUGCUCGUGCUAUAGGUCUUUCAGCUUUGGGACAAGCGCAAACGCAUCAGCAAUAUCAAUCGCAAUCUCAAGAUCAAUCACCGCAGCACGAACAACUUCAAUCUGAUGAUCAAUCAGGCGAUCAAGCUGGGGAUGAAGCGCAAGACACCGAUUUGGACCAAUCACUACAUAAAGCCCAAGCUGAAGUACAAGAGCAACUUCAAUCACAGACUCAAGCCUCAGGCCCAUCACUAACGCAAUCGCAACAGCAAUCCCAAGCUCAAGAAGUUGAAGCGCUUGCACAAUCACUAACUCAAGCCCAUGCUCAAAUCCAGGAGCAAGCUCAAUCACAAUCGCAAGGGCCCGCUAUAUCUCAAGCUCCCAAUGAGAGGCAAGGGCAGUUACAAUCACAACGUGAAGACCAAGAUCAAUCAAGAGAUCGUUUGCAGGGACCCAAAUAUGAUGAUGAUAGUUACUCACAACCUAAACCAAGGUCAUGUUUACAGUGUCAGCAAGCUUCUUACCCACAAUACAUUGCGGAGGUGGACAUCGAGAUUGACGCCAAGCUGGACACGCCCAAACUAAUCUCAAAAUAUGGACAUCAAGCAGAGACCCAUUACGCAUUCACUGCCGACGGCUACAAGCUCUGCCUGCAUCGGAUUCCGCGUUCUGGAGCCACACCCGUCCUAUUGGUACAUGGCCUGAUGGCCAGCUCGGCCACCUGGGUGCAGUUCGGUCCAUCCCAAGGUCUGGCCUACAUCCUGUCCCAAAGCGGGUACGACGUCUGGAUGUUGAACACCAGAGGUAACGUCUACUCGGAGGAGCGCCUGGCCGGUCGGGAGAGCGACAAGGUCUUCUGGGACUUCUCUUUCCACGAGAUCGGGCAGUACGAUCUACCCGCUGCAAUCGACUUGAUCCUGCUGCAGACCAAAAUGCCGAGCAUCCAGUACAUUGGUCACUCGCAGGGAUCCACGGCCUUCUUUGUGAUGUGCAGUGAAAGGCCUGAGUAUGCAGGCAAGAUCUCAUUGAUGCAGUCCCUCUCGCCAUCAGUUUAUAUGGAAGAAACACGCAGUCCGGCCCUCAAGUUUAUGAAAGUCCUUCAGGGUGGCUUCACAAUGCUGCUGAAUCUCCUCGGCGGCCACAAGAUCUCCCUGAAUAACCGGAUCGUUGAACUGUUUCGCAACCACAUCUGCAACAAACUUAUCCCCAGUCGCAUCUGUGCCAUCUUUGAAUUUGUGGUCUGCGGAUUUAACUUCAACAGCUUCAAUAUGACACUAUCUCCCAUUUUGGAAGGCCACGCCUCGCAAGGAAGCUCCGCUAAACAGAUCUAUCAUUUCGCCCAAUUGCAGGGCAAGUCAGAGUUCCAAAAGUACGACUACGGGCUUAUUCUGAAUAAGCUACGCUACAAGUCCAUAUUCCCCCCAACUUACAACCUUUCCUUGGCACUGGGCAAGGUGGCCCUUCACCGCGGAGAUGGUGACUGGUUGGGAUCGGAAUCGGAUGUCCUUCGACUGGAGCGUGACCUGCCCAACUGCAUAGAAAACAGGAACAUUCGAUUCGAAGGAUUCUCACACUUCGACUUCACGAUCUCGAAGGAUGUUCGAUCCUUGGUCUACGAUCGCGUAAUCAGUCUUUGUGGUUCUAAUUGAACUUUUAGCUUACGAAUAAUAAGCAAAGCAAUUAAUAGAUUUGCUUGGCAAAGA